UAUAUUUGGACGAAUCAUAACCGUCAAUUAUUGUUUCUAAUUAAAUUGAUCUUGGGGUAGAAGAUUUAGAGAAUUAAGACCUAGAUUUUGAUCUUUAAGGGUUAGAGUAUAGUAUCAUGUCCGAAACAUCAGUCAAUUCAAGUUCUGGAUAUCAUUUUCUUACUCAAGGUAUGCGGUACCCCAGAUUUCACCCUGGGUACCGUAGAACUCCCCAUAUAUAUAUUAAUUACUAAUAAUAAUAUAAUAAAUUAUUAUUACUAAUUCACGGUUGCAACCUUCGUACGUAACCGUUAACCCAACCGUUCACGUAUUUUUGGUCGAACCUAAACCCAAAAUCAGGGUGUUACAAAUUGCAACUCUCUCCAUUUACUUAAAACAGCAGCAACGACAUUAGUAACAUUCCCAUGAGCUUGGACUUAACAUUUGUUGUUAACCUCCAAUGAGAUUGGCUUUAGUUCAACUUCACUUUCUUUUAUCUACUUCUUGGCUAGGCAUGCUCAACUGUUUUCAUUUCCGGUUUCUUCACUAUACUCUCUAGACUUGUCCUCUCAAGUCUCUCCUUCUAUGUCAUUUGCCAACAAGCGAGAGUUGCACCUCAAAGUGCUAUUUGCAAACUCUCAAAUUGUUACUUAUUGCAUGACAUAGCAACCGAGUAGUUCUAAACUAGUCAUUCGCCCACCGAAUAGGACAAGUCACUCUGCUGCCUAUUCAUCGAAUAACAUUGAACCCAAACCUGCUUCACUCAUAGGUUAAACUACCUACUUCACACAUUGACACCCAACCUGUUUCAUUCACAGGUUACACCACCUACUUCACUCGUACGUAUGUCUAGUUGACAUUUCCUUAAACAGUUCCCCGAGCAUCCUUGCACAACCAUGGAUUCCCAUAAUCCAAUCAUCAUUCCUCAUCUCAUCUUGAUAGACCGUCAUUUACACAUGUUUUUACCCCCAUUCUUACACCGUUUGAGGUGUUGAUUCUCGUGUUUUAGGCCGAUUUCACGCUAGGUUGUGCUUGUUUGUGAUGUUUCAGGUCCUAGUACGUGAAUGAAGGCUUAGGAGCGAGUCUGGGGUCGAUUGGACGAAGAACGGACGAAUGGCGAGGUUUUUGGGGAGCUGCACGGGCAGACCAGGGAGGCUGCACGGCCGUGCACGUGAGCAAUAUGGCCGUGCGCCUUAUGGCGAGGACACGCACGGGCAACCCCUGAAGCUCGCACGGGGAUGCAAGAAGAUCUCAUGAAAGAAAUUGCUUGGCAACUUGCUCUCCAAUCCGUGCUAGAAGAAGAAGAGCAAGAAAGGGUGCAGAAAGAAGUUGUGGAGGAUGACGAAAGUGAAGCAGGAGGAGUUCUUGAUCAUUUCCCAGGGGUGAUACCACACGAACAAGUAAGGGAGGUUGAAGAAGCAAUUGGCGUCCAGGCUGAGGACGGAGUUAAGGUGGAAGAGGCCUGCACCGGCCAUGAGUUACAUGUGAUAUCUCCACCAAACUUUGAGGAACUGCUUGGCAAGGACCCAUUUGCAGUGUCUCUUUGCCAGACCAAGGCCACCUCGACAUCGGUCCCUCUUGGUGGACGCGAUGGUGGCCAAUCGAUGUUGUCAUAUCUGGUUUGGGGCAAUGAGACGAGAGAAGAGAAGAAGAGGUCUCGAGGGUGGAGACUUCAUCUGCAUCAAGUACAUGAGCCUUCAUCACCUGCCACACCACAUGCUCGUGACUUGAGACUCCACCUCAUCGACGAGAACCUCAACUUCAAGGAGAUUCUAGCAUGGACCGAAAUUUAGGAGCCAUCGUCCGGCUCACGACGUGAAAGAAGCGCUUGUUGGGAGGCAACCCAACCAGUCGGUUUGCAUUUCUUUCUCUAUUUCUCUUCGGUUGAGUCAGUUUUGUUCUUUGAUUUCAGAGUCAAUAAUUCAACCUUUGUGAGAUUUUGUGUGGUGUUUGUGUUUCGACUACUUUGUCCUCCUGGAAUGCACCGCCUUCCCCGUCCACAAUCAUUCACUGUUGAUAUGAUAACUUCGUUCUACCCUCCUUAUCUUUCCUCCAUUGAGGACAAUGUCGUGCUUAAGUGUGGGGGGAUGUUCGAUUAUGUAUGCGGGUGAAUGUUUGGCUGUUUGUGUGCUUGGAGCCUAGUCCACUGUCCAAAUUUUUAAAUUUGAGGGCUCCAAGUACGUGUUUCCUUGCAAUUGCCUGCUCAGUAUGCUUUGAAUUGACAGUCUUUAUAGUAAUAUGCAACCUAGGGAGGUAGUGUAGCACUAUGGAGGAUGUUGAUGCAUUUAAGAAGUCUCGUUUCUUCUUCAUAUUGUGUUGGUUGAUUGAGUGAAUUAGUGAUCUUAGGACCCUUGAAUUGUGUGGUGUUGUGGAUUCUCUGCCUGUCAUGGACUCUUGUAUCAUGUUUUGAGUUUAACAGGUGCUCGAAAAUGUGCUUGAAAAUAAACGUCUCCCGUGCGAAUAGGGCGAAAGUGUGUAAGGGGAGACGGGAAUUCGUUCCCAAUUUCCAUCUACUACCUCCAGCCCCCUUACAUGUCUUUCCCCCGCACGAGGCUCGAGACAUCCGCUCCUGGCAUGGCCGGUAAGAGCAGGUUGGGACCCUUGAAAAGAAAAAAAAAAGAGAAAAGAAAAAUAACAGAAAACAAGCAAAAUAGAAAAAAAGGGGGUUCCAACCAUCUUCAAGAAUAAAAUAGAGCACCUUGAAAAAUGUGAGUCCAUGAUCUUUUGUUUUUGAGAAUCUCUUCAUCCACAAUUCAUUUGUCCUCUGUUCACUAUUUGCCGUGAUGCCGACUCGCCGAAUAAGUUAUGAGAUGACUUGUGCGUCGGUUGACCUCGUAAGUUGCUAAAUGAUCUAGGAAGUCCUCUACCUACGAUCUGGGUUGUUUGUUGCUAUAGAGGUCUGGAGAGUUGCAUUGGUUUGAGUUAGGUUUGCUUGGGGACAAGCAAACGGUUAAGUGUGGGGGAGUUUGAUAGACCGUCAUUUACACAUGUUUUUACCCCCAUUCUUACACCGUUUGAGGUGUUGAUUCUCGUGUUUUAGGCCGAUUUCACGCUAGGUUGUGCUUGUUUGUGAUGUUUCAGGUCCUAGUACGUGAAUGAAGGCUUAGGAGCGAGUCUGGGGUCGAUUGGACGAAGAAAGGACGAAUGGCGAGGUUUUUGGGGAGCUGCACGGGCAGACCAGGGAGGCUGCACGGCCGUGCACGUGAGCAAUAUGGCCGUGCGCCUUAUGCCGAGGACACGCACGGGCAACCCCUGAAGCUCGCACGGCCGUGCACCCUGGCCGUGCGAGAGGGCUGAAGUUCGACUAAAUGACACGCUGCGUU